UUGCCCAAUUGACACACCCAACUCUUAUCUUCAACACUGUCUGAAACCAAACUCCUUUAACACAAAGGCAUGUGUCACCGUGUCAGGAACUCCUCUCUCUGAACUUAACCCCAACAAGAAGAAGAAGAAGAAGAAGAAGAUGGGAAGAAUUUUUGUGGUGGAGCUAGAAGGAAGGUCUUAUAGAUGCAAAUUCUGCAAAACCCACUUGGCCCUUCCUGAAGAUCUUGCUUCCAGGGCUUUUCAUUGUCGCAGAGGAAAAGCAUACCUCUUCAAUAAUGCGGUGAACGUCACAGUUGGAACUUUAGAGGAGAGGAUGAUGCUUUCAGGAAUGCAUACCGUGGGAGAUGUAUUUUGCUGCUGUUGUGGCCAAAUUGUUGGCUGGAAAUAUGAGGCAGCUCAUGAGAAAAGCCAGAAGUAUAAAGAAGGGAAAUUUGUUCUUGAAAGAGGGAGGAUUGUUGAUGAAAUUGACUUUUCUUCGGAAGUCUACAUCGAUACUCGUCCUAGUGUGAGUGACACUGAAGAAUGAAGAUGUCUAGGAUGUAGCAUCAUUUCUAUAACUAGUUGCACCAAAUAAUUUGUCAAUAAGAGCAGAUGCACUUCCCUUGUGUAUAUGUGUGGACUGUACAAUUUUUAGGAAACCUCAGCGUUCUAGUUUGAUUCUCAUGUACAAGUACUAGUAUUGUAUUAUCA